GACCUUCACGUGAAUUGUGGCUAAAGUGUCGAAAUUCUACAACUUUUUAUGUUUAUAAGUAAUUUUUAAAUUAUGAAGUUUUCUAAGUGAGCACUAGUACUGAAUUAUGAAUACGCUUGACAAGUAAAUUGUUUGAUAAACGUACUCUUUUUAUAUAAAUGUGCGUGAUUGUAGCUACAAUCACACAUAAAUUGUGGCUAAAGCGCCACAACUUAUGCACAACUUUUAUAUUUAUAAGUAAUUUUUGAAUCACGAAGUUUCUUAAGUGGGCACCAAUAUUUUGUUAUGAAUAGGCUUGAUGAAUAAAUUGUUUGAUAAACGUAUUAUUUUCAUGUAAAAGUGCGUGGCGGUAGCCACAAUCAACUCGGUGUUUUGGAGAAGGAAUUACGUCACGUGGCGUCGUUUUUGGCGUCGGUAACCAGAAAAUUCCCCAAUAAGAGUGUUAAAUCGAUAGAAGAAAAGUUUGAAGAGAAGAAAAAAGUCAAGUCGAAAGUGCACCAUUUUAGGUAGGCGCCGGAAACAAUUAGCAGUUGUUUAUCAUUUUCAUAUUGGUGAAAAUUGUGUAAAAUGCGAGACAACGAUCAGGAAAAGUCCCAAUCUCCGGAACAAGCAGAAAAGCGUCGAAGUCGCAGCACAUCAAAUAGUAGCAAGAACAGUAAUAAGAGCAAACAGAGCCGUUCGAGUUAUUCCAAGUCACGUUCAAGGUCUAGGAGCAGAAGUAGUGAGGCUGAUGGCUAUAGACUCCACAUUGCAGAUAUUGGGGACGAUGUGCGUAAAUCUGAUUUGGAGAAAGUUUUUGCUCCAUUUGGAGACUUGAAAGAGGUCUGGAUGACAAACAGUACGCCGUGUUUUGGAUUCGCCGUUUUCAAAGACAAAAAGGCAGCUAAUGCAGCUUUGAAGGCCACGGACGGGAUCGAAGUGGCUGGGAGCCGGAUAAGGGUGACCCAUGCCAGGCCCAGAACUAGGGGUUCAGGGAGGAGAUUCUUCAAUUCAAAUAUGAGAUGCUAUCAGUGCGGUUAUUCCGGGCAUUUCUACAGAGAUUGCCCGGAAUUAAAUGGCGGAGGAGGCGACAAGCGGGAUCGCAAUUCACGUUACGAUUCGCACUACGAUCGGUCUAGACGCCACAGAGAUAGAGACCGUGACUACUACGAGAGGGACUAUGGCAGAAGACAUCAAAGGUCUUCAAGGAGAUAUGAUGACUACAGGAGAAGCAGUCGCCGUCAUCGUUAUUGAUGAUGACUUUUCUUCAAGGGUAUUUAUAGAUUAUUUAAAAGAAAAUUGUUUUAUUUCUGCAUUUCCAUUUGUGUGUUUUUCUUCAAGUAAGUGAGUGUUGUUUUCACACGUGUUAUUUUUGUUUAUAUUGUGUAUAAUAAAAUCAGAGAACCUUACUUUUGUUCGAACUUGUGAAUGAUUUAUAUUUAAAUGAAAAAUGAAAUUAUUACAUGAAA